AUGCACUGCUUCCAUUCCGUAGUUCCACUCCACCUGGUCGAGAGUCGAGACUCGAGAGCGAGUAGCCGAGACCCGUGGAUUCUUUCACUCAUGGACGCAAAGGCGGAGGCAUCCGGCGACGACGCGGUCCCGGAGGCGCCGGAGCAGUCCGUCGUCCUCAUCUCCGCCGGCGCCAACCACUCCGUCGCACUGCUCUCGGGCCAGAUGGUGUGCUCCUGGGGCCGGGGCGAGGACGGGCAGCUGGGCCACGGAGACUCCGAGGACCGGCCGGUGCCGACGGUACUGACCUCCUUCGACGUGCCACGCAUUACGUCCGUCGUCUGCGGUGCCGAUCACACCGCCGCCUACUCCGACGACGAGAUGCAGCUCUACAGCUGGGGAUGGGGAGACUUCGGGAGGCUGGGGCAUGGCAACUCCAGCGAUGUGUUCAACCCACAGCCGGUCGUGGCCCUGCAGGGGAUGAAGAUCAAGCAGAUCGCCUGCGGUGACAGCCACUGCCUCGCCGUCACCGUCACCGGACAAGUGCAUAGCUGGGGGCGCAAUCAGAACGGCCAACUUGGUCUCGGAAACAAUGAAGACUCGCUGCUCCCGCAAAAGAUCAAGGCUUUUCAGGGUGUCUGCGUAAAAAUGAUCGCUGCUGGCGCCGAGCAUACUACGGCCAUAACUGAAGAUGGCCAUCUCUACGGAUGGGGCUGGGGUCGGUACGGCAACCUAGGUCUCAGCGACCGCGACGACCGAUUAGUCCCGGAAAAGGUUUCUUCCGUUGAGGGAGAAAAGAUGGUGCUCGUUGCAUGUGGGUGGCGCCACUCGGUCAGUGUGUCGUCGUCUGGUGGCCUGUACACGUACGGGUGGAGCAAGUAUGGCCAGCUAGGCCAUGGUGAUUUCGAAGACCAUCUGGUUCCACGCAAGAUCGAGGCCCUCAAGGACGUUUCCAUUUCUCAGAUUGCAGGUGGGUGGAGGCAUACAAUGGCUGUCGCUUCAGAUGGGAAACUCUACGGAUGGGGGUGGAACAAGUUUGGCCAAGUUGGUGUUGGAGAUGAUGUGGAUCACUGUUCCCCAGUAGAGGUGAAUUUUCCGGAUGAACAGAAAAUUGCACAGGUUGCCUGCGGAUGGAGGCAUACUCUUGCCCUGACAGAAAACAAGAAUGUUUUCUCAUGGGGCAGGGGUGCCAGUGGACAGCUUGGUCAUGGUGAAAUAAUCGACAGGAACACACCCAAGAUGAUCGAUGCCCUGAGCCUGGACGGGACUGCUUGCAAGCAGCUGGAGUCAUCAAACGCUGUUCCAAUGACAGCUAAAGUCUGGGUCCCUCCUUCGAAGCGAUUCGCCAUCGUCCCUGAGGAGAAUGUCAGUAAACCAGGCAAUGGAACCGACAAGCACGCGCCUGAAGGCGAUGCCAAGAGGAUGCGCGUCUGA